CACAAACAACAAACAGGUUCAGCAGCUGGAAACAUCAGGACUGAGGAUCAGUUAUCAAUCGACAACCUGAUCUCUACAUUCAGAAGUCUGACGAGAGGCGUGUUGGUAAUGACGAGGCCGGUCCAAACGAUCCACAUACACUCUGCUCUCUGAUUGGCCGCUUCACACCUGAACCUGAGCUCCUCAGUGGUCUGAGGCUCCUUAGCAACAGGAUGAUGAUGAUGAUUACACACCUGAACACCUGUUAUUACCUGAGUCACUGUGGGACACACACACACACACACACACACACACACACACACACACACACACACACAGGCUGUGUUGACAUAACAGUGUAUGUGUGCGUCUCCAGAGGUAGUGUUGCCACGGUGCACCUGUCAGUCACCUGCUGGGAUGAUGAUGAGAGGACACACACACUGUUAUGUCAACACCACCUGAACAGCCAAUAUCCUGUGUGUGUGUGUGUGUGUGUGUGUGUGUGUGUGUGUGUGUGUGUGUGUGUGUGUGUGUGUGUGUGUGUGUGUGUGUGUCCUCAUCAUCAUCCCAGCAGGUAACUGACAGGUGUGCACACUCAGCAGGACACGCCUCCUGCAGUCCUUGUUCAGACUCAGAGCCGAUCAGACUCUGAUGGUCUCGGCUCACAUUUAAAGACGAUGAGGAUGAAACUGAUGGCUGAUAUUGAUUACAGGCUUUAGUCUGCUUUGACCUUUGACCUUUGCUGUUCGGAGAAAGACGACUGAAGGGACCUCAGCAGCAGGACCGGAGUCUUAUACGGUUGGUGUUUCCCCCUCCAGUGCUCCAGACAUCCGGGGUCACUGAAGAGUUUAAGGGUGCAGAACUGGGAGACUCUUAGGGGGGCCAGGAACCGAUUAAGACUCUGGUUCCACCGGUGGAAACUCAGGGAAGGUUACUCAGUGGCUGCUUUACGGUGUCUCAUCAAACCUAAACUGAGCUGAUCUCUGUGGGGACAGAGGUCCAACCAACCAGCUCAGCAGGAUUUACUGACGUCUGGUGUCAACAACACGGAACAACACGGACGUUUGGUGUUUUCACUGACUGAGUCUGAAUUCUGGGAGCCAGAAAACUCAAUGCUUCUAAAACAGGAAGUCCAGGUGAAGCUGAGGGCCGGGUUCAACUUUGGCAUCGUCCUGGAGGCAGGAGGAAGAGGAGCAAGCUGAGGUGUGAUGACCUGUGAGAUCCCAGAACAUUCUUCACUUUAAUGCUCAAUAUCCGAGAUCCCAGACUUCUGGAGCCUUUAUUCUGAAAAUCUGCCCCAGACUGAGAUCACCAGCUGAGACUGAACUCUGAUUCAGGGAUUGAUCGGAGCAGCAUGUCCAGUGGAGAUUAAAGGUACUGCAGCCGAACACGUUUAGAUUCCUGCUGGUUCUGGACAAUCAGGUCUCAUGUGAAAGUGCCCUCUUACGUCCAGUCUGAUCUGUGAAUUAAUUGCUGUCGUCCUUCCUGUCCUGUGAGUCCGUCUAAAGAUGGCGGACGCUCUGAGGACACUGUACGCCGCUCUAAUGGUUCUGUCGGGCGUGGCCUCCACCUGUGGGAACCUCCUCCUCUUGCUGGUGCUCCUCCUGAACAAGGAGCUCUGGACAGACACGAUGGGCCUCACCCUGAGCGUCAGCCUGAGCGACCUGGCCCUUGGACUCUCCACCAUCCCCUUUGGGGUCUACAGCAGCCUGGCCUGGCCCUCCUGCUGCCCCAGCGAGGGCGCCUUCUGUCAGGGCAGCGGCUUCAUCUACCUCCUCCUGCAGACCACCUCCAUCCACUCACUCACCUGGGCCACCUUUGACAAGUUCACUGAGAUCUGCUUCGCCCUCAGCUACAGCAGAAUCUGGACAGCCAGGCGACGCCAGGUGGUGCUGGUUCUGGUUUGGUUGUUCUGCCUGGUGAAUGCCGCUCUGCCCCUGCUGGGCUUCGGCAGCUACGUCUACAGCGAGUCGCGGUUCCUCUGCUGCCCGAGCUUCACCCCUGACAACAGAUAUUUUGUGGUGCUGUGGAUGUUAGCGGGUAUCGUGGCGCCAAUCCUCACUAUGUGCUCUCUGUACGGGUACAUCGUCUACGUGGCCAGGAAACAGGCCAGGAAGGGAACCUUCAUGUGCAAUGAGCUGCACUGCUACCACGUUCCUGCCAACAAUUACCUGAGGAGCUCCAUGGUGAUGGUCACAACCUCAGUGUGUUUGCUGGUGUGCUGGCUGCCCUACAUCUCAGUGUGUCUGUACGAGACACUUAGCGGUCAACAGAGUCCUGCUGUGACCUCUGCCCUCUCCGCCUGGCUGGUCCUGACCAGCGCUGCCCUCAACCCCUGGAUCACCUGUAUGACGCAGACGAGGUACAGGGUGGCGGUGCGUCGCAGCGUCUGCAGGUUUAUUCGGAUGUGUUCUGUUACGCCUCUGGAGCCCCGCCCACAGAGCUCCGCCCUCCAACUGGACACACCCAAUCACAUCAGCAUGACAACUACGGCGGCAACACGCCUGUCGUCAUCACCAGAAAGACCAACACCACCCUGAUCAACGCAACAACAGCAGAUACGCCCUCGACAUCAUCAUCAGGUCCAAACACAGAAACACCUGACCAGUGACAGCCACACUGCACUGUGGGAAAUGUAGUUCAGCCUUCCAUUUCAGUUCAUAUGUUGAAGACAUUCCUCCUCCAUCACAUUCAGAGCUUUAAAUCCAGCUGACAGAGAUGUUUACCUCCAUCUUUCAGGUUUUGCUCACACCUCCACACACCUGGCCAGUCUUUACGUAAAGCAGGUGUGACUGUUGGACCGUCGGUUUCAGACAAUGGUUUUGUCGCAACUUUUUUUAAGACGUAGCCCCAUCUCUACAUUUCUACUUCAGAAAGACGACCAAAUGCUUUGUUUGAAGGAGAAUGUCAGUCAUCAUCAGGUCAAAGUCUUCUCUCGCCACAAAAUCCUACCAGCCUCGGCGGAACGGAGUUUAAGUUGAGGUGAUUCAGCAUCUGAUGAGGAUCCUCCUGGACGCCUCCAUGACUGUGAGGGGAGUCCAGGACGACCCAGAAGACACUGGAGGGAUUAUAUAUCCAUCAGGAUCCAGACCCGGAUAUGUGGUGUUGAGAAGCCAGCCUGAUGCUGCAGACGCUGACUCACUGAAAUAUAACGUGUUGAUCCGGCGCUGCUGAGGACGGAACUCAACCCAGCUGAAUCUAUCACAGGAAACCACUCUGAAAUGUGUUUCUAUUCAUAAACCGGUUCUGGUUCUAGCUGAGUUGAGCUGAUUUAAUAUGUAAGAAGAAGAGCGUCUCUGACUUCAUCAUAUCCAAGGAGCCAGACAUCUGGUUAUAUAAUAAUAAUAAUAAACACUAUUAAUGGA